UCAAAUUUGCGCGGGUUGGGGCCCGGCGUAGUCAUGGCCGCCUUCCGCGACAUAGAGGAGGUGAGCCAGGGGUUGCUCAGCCUGCUGGGCGCCAACCGCGCCGAGGCGCAGCAGAGACGGCUGCUGGGGCGCCACGAGCAGGUGGUGGAGCGGCUGCUGGAGACGCAAGACGGUGCCGAGCAGCAGCUGCGAGAGAUCCUCACUAUGGAAAAGGAAGUGGCCCAGAACCUUCUCAACGCAAAAGAGCAGGUGCACCAGGGCGGCGUGGAGCUGCAGCAGCUGGAAACCGGGCUUCAGGAGGCUGGGGAGGAGGACGCCCAUCUGAAGGCCAGCCUCCUAUAUCCUUUUCUGCUAGGGGUCAGCCUUGCUAGAAAACACGCAUAGGGCCAGCCGCAGUGGCCCGCGCCUAUAAUCCCAGCACGUUGGGAAGCCCAGGUGGGAGGAUCCUGUUGCCCAGGAGUUGGACACCA